AUGCUUAGACACGCGCCUACUACCACCGAUGGCAAGGUUCUAGAUAGGCUGCAAGACAGUACUAGGGUCAAUAAACCAUUCAAGCCACCGUCGAGGUUGGUGCAACGCAAUCAGCCUCAACGAAAGAGGAAACGCGUGUCGUAUGAAGGCGCACAAGAGAACUCUGAUGGUUCCGACUCGGAUGGUUCAAAGAAGAAAGAGCGACGGGGUGACAAAGACGACCAACCGCGCGAUAACAAUGUCAAGGAAUACCCCAUCUACAAGGUGAAGCCGUUUAACCAGGUCGCGCGGAGGUUCUCUAUACCAGCUAUGAGAAACAAGGAUGGGGAGAUUGUUCUGACCGUUCAGACCAAUGUCGCCCUCGGGAUCCGCCCAUUGGCGAAUAUCAACCCCAGACCACUCCACGAUCCUAUGGAAGACCACGCUAUUGUUCUUUACGAUCCUACAGUGGAUGACAGGGAGACUGACGAGGAAAGGAAAGAAAGAGAGAAGGAGGAAGCCAAGGAAAAAGCGGUGAAAGAAGCACAAGAGAAGACGUCCGGUCUAUACAAUCCUCACAAGAGCCUAAGGGAGUUGCUCGGAGGUGGAAAGGAGAAGAAGAAGAACGACAAAGUUGCUGUCGUUAUCGACCCACGUCUCAGCAAGGUACUCAGGCCUCACCAAGUCGAGGGAGUGAAGUUCCUCUACAAAUGCACGACAGGGAUGAUUGUCGAGAACCAGUACGGAUGCAUCAUGGCUGACGAGAUGGGUCUCGGCAAGACGCUGCAAUGUAUCGCGUUGCUGUGGACGCUCAUCAAGCAAUCUCCUCAUGCCGGUAAGCCAACGAUCGAGAAAUGCAUCAUAGCAUGUCCAUCGAGUCUGGUGAGGAACUGGGCGAACGAACUAGUCAAAUGGCUUGGCAAAGACACCAUCACAGCGCUCGCUAUAGAUGGGAAGGGUGGAAAGACAGAAAUGCUCGAAAAGGUUGCGAGAUGGGUUGCGGCGGGUGGGCGAAAUGUCUCACAACCUGUGAUGAUCGUGUCCUACGAAACAUUGCGAACACUCACUGCACAUCUUGCUAAUUGCUCGAUUGGACUGUUGCUCUGCGAUGAGGGUCAUCGGCUCAAGAAUUCAGAGUCGAUGACGUUCCAAGCUCUGAAUGGGCUCAACGUCAGACGUCGAGUCAUAUUAUCUGGGACGCCUAUCCAGAACGACUUAUCCGAGUAUUUCUCGUUGUUGAACUUCGCAAAUCCGAAUUUUCUUGGCUCAAAGAACGACUUCCGGAAAAACUUCGAGAACGCUAUCAUUCGUGGUCGUGACGCCGAUGCCAGUGACGCCAUGAAAGCUGCAAGUGAGAAGAAGCUGAAGGAACUUGGAGGACUGGUGGCAAAGUUCAUCAUACGACGGACAAACGAUUUGCUGUCCAAGUAUCUGCCCGUAAAGUACGAGCAGGUGGUGUUUUGCCGUCUUUCCGACUUCCAGCUCUCCUUGUACCGCCUGUUCAUCUCCUCGCCUGAAAUCCAGGCCCUAUUGCGUGGUACAGACUCCCAGCCAUUGAAGGCCAUCAAUAUUCUAAAGAAGCUAUGCAAUCAUCCCGAGCUUCUCAAUUUGCCUGAUGACCUAAGGGGUUCAGAGAACCUGCUUCCAGAAGGCUUCACUGGGGCUGGGAGUAGUACCAGGGACAAGAGCAGGAACCAUGAUGUGCACUGCGAGUGGGGUGGCAAAUUCUUGGUUUUGGAGCGCUUCCUGCACAGGAUCCGAUCAGAGACCAAUGACAAAAUCGUCCUGAUCAGCAACUAUACGCAGACUCUGGACCUAUUCGAGAAGCUGCUAAGGAGCAAAAAGUAUGGCUACUUCCGGCUCGACGGAACCAUGACAAUCAAUAAACGUCAAAAGCUCGUUGACUCAUUCAACGAUCCCAACGGCAAAGAAUUCGUGUUCUUGCUGAGCAGCAAAGCUGGUGGAUGCGGUAUCAACUUAAUUGGCGCAAAUCGGCUCAUUCUCUUUGAUCCUGAUUGGAAUCCAGCUGCCGACCAACAAGCCUUGGCUCGCGUCUGGCGUGAUGGCCAGAAGAAAGAGUGUUUUGUAUAUCGCUUCAUCUCUACCGGUACAAUUGAGGAGAAGAUCUUCCAGCGGCAAGCUUCAAAGCAGGCCCUUUCAUCGGCCGUCGUGGACGAGAAGGAAGACACGGAGCGUCACUUCUCUCUCGAUGCACUGAGGAAACUUUUUCUCUUCAACGAGAACACGCUUUGCGAGACGCACGAGACAUUCAAGUGCAAGCGGUGCAAAAAUGGCAAGCAGACAAUGAAAUCUCACGCGCUGUUGUAUGGCGAUGCUAGCACGUGGAAUCACUUCACCAACGAAGAGCUGAAGAGCAACCACGAUGAUCUUCUGCGAGCAGAAGUUGGGCUCCCAGAGGUCUCAUUUGUCUUCCAGUACAUUAGCCACUAA